AUGUCUUGAAUGACGACUUGCCAAGAUUUUCUGCCCAGACGGCCCUCUUGUCAGCGGCCCGCAACCCCUUCCCAGGUCAGAUCGUCAGUGCCUCCUUGACAGAACCCCGCUAUUGGCACCCAGAGAUCUCCGAUAGCCGACUCAGAUCCUCAAAAUCCAACUCUGAGAAGUGAAAGGUGGGAUAGAUUAAAGAAGCGAGAAGCUUGAAGACGAUGGCAAAAAGUAGAAGCAAAAGCACAGUGGAGCUGCUAAAAGAUGCAGAUGACCUCAAGAUUCAAUUGAAAGACCAGCUGGAGCUUGAAAAUAGCGCUUUGACAAAUUUGCGCCAUCAGUUGCAGUUUAUAUACAGACAAGUCUUACUUGAUGACCUUGAUUUCGCGAUUGGAAGGAAAGUUGACAUUGAAUUAUGGAACAAUUGUUUUCGACAGUUCAUAACUGCGAAACAGCAGAAGUCGAAGGAUCGCAAGAAUCCGAAAAGGGCGGAAGCGCAAGCUGCUUUGACGUCGUUUUUGGAGUCUUCUAAUGGGUUUUAUGUUCUGAUGUUACAGGAGAUGUGCUAUAAAUUCAAACUAAAGGACGUUCCAGGUUUCGCAGACUCAAGAACAUUGGGCUUAUUUGCAUCUGACUGUCAAGUCGCAAGUGGUAAUGAUGUUUCAAAGAUACCAAAAGCAUCUUCAUGUCAAUAUAUAGUGCAGGACUGUUUGAUUCAUCUCGGAGACAUUGCGAGGUACCGAUGUUUGGUAGAACAAGCGAAGGGUUACUAUGAAAACGCGAUUCUGCUGGGACCGCUGAAUGGUAGACCAUAUAACCAACUGGGGAUCAUUCUGCAAACUAAAAAUGAAGAUCUUCUGUCCACGUUUUUCUAUUUGACGAGAAGCCUCACUGUGAAACAUGCUUUUCUAGGGGCUGUAGCGAAUCUGACGACAACGUUGACAAAAAUGUCUCAAUACGAGGUUCCUGAAAAGCUGUUAGCAGAAAAGUCGGGGCCCGAUUUAAAUAUUUUCGAGCAAGUGUUCUGUUAUUUCAAUGCUUUGGUUUUCUUUUCGCAAGACAUUGGCUUUGCGAAAGACGCAAAAGAUUAUAUGACCACCAACUUUUUGUCAGUUUUCAGCGAAAACUCGGGAACAGUUUCGUGGAAGUUUCUGGUAAGAUUAGUUUACGUGUUGGUGUUUAACAUUUGGUCAAUUUUGCAUUCUGGAGAUUCCAUUUUGGCAAAGUUUGCAGUUGAUUCUCGGCGUUUUGAUUCCGCGGAGCUUCCCUCAGUGGAACAAGGUUUUCUAUCGAUUGCACUUGAUUUUAUUUUCUCUACUUUUGGAGUUUUCUUGAAGAAGUUAUCAGUACCCAUCGAAGGAAAAGCGUUGGUUAGAAGCCCCAUUUUGCCCGCAUUGAAGAUCUUGACCGAUUGGAUAAGUCAAAACUCAUUUGUGAUGAGUUUCGAAGAGUUUGAGAGACGCGAUUUCAUCUGGCCCCUUCUGGUUAAUGUUCUCAACUCAAUCUCGAAAGCAAGCGAAGACCUAAAUGUGAAUUUGGAUGAAGUUUUGAAUUCUAAACCUUUGCCUGAAGAUUUUGAGGUGCAAGGAUACCUUCCGUUGCGAGAAUCACUGAGCAAGUUGUCCUUGCCCUGUAAUAGCAAUGGUGUUCUGAAAGGCUCCGAUGCUAUCAAAGAGAGAAUUAGAAGAAUUUGCCUGAAUGGAGAGAAAUUUUGUGAGCUACGGCCUAAAAUGAUGGAAGCAGUUUAUGUCAAUGGAAAGCUGUGUUUUGAAACGCUUGUUACUGCUACGGUUGACAGAGACGAAAUUGAGUCGAGAAAGCGAUUUUUCAGCAAAGAUAGAGUUAAUAGAGGUCCCCAAAAGUGUGAAAACAAACCGAAAUCUGGAAGCUCGGCGGCUCAAUCAAAUUUUAGUAAGAAUACAACUACUACGAAUGGCGCGCUAGCUCAGAAGACAUCUUCAAAUAAACCCAAUUUUUUAGAAAAAGGAAUUGAGCAAGAAGUAGAUCAACCAAUAGCUCUCAAUCAGCAGUCAUUCAAUUCUAACUCUCUGGAUCGAAAUCGAAGCAAUGGAUCAAAAAAUGUCACCUUCGGAGUGGAACCGCCCAAGACUAUUGAUCGUACUCCUUCGCCUUCUAAGAAUGUGAAUGUGAUGUCUGACAAAGACUUCCCGAGUUUGGAAAUGAACCAAAGAAUAGGAGACAGGUCCUCAUUUAACCGACAGCCAAGUUUCUUGCUGCCUACUAACACGCCAGUCAUUCGUGCUCCGGUGGCGCAAGGUCCUCGUUUCUCGUCGCCAAGAAUGGCAAUGAGUUUCCCGGGGCUGCAAAUGAAUCCAAACAUGAACCAUUCUGCAGCUUCUCAGAACCAAAUGCAAGAACAGAAAGAUGCACAUUCGCCACCAGGUGUUCCAAGGUAUUCGCAACAAAAGCGUGAGCCGAUGGUCAAUAAUUUUCUAAAUAUGUCGAAUUCUGGAGUGAUCGGGGGUGGGGGUGGCGUUUCGAGUAAUAAUCGAGGAAAUAACAGCCAGUCCGAGUCGCUGUUCCCAUCGGCAGUUUUGCAACCAGGGUUGUUUCCGCCGUUCCCGCCUCCACCGUUGCCGUUGGAUGCGAUACCAAACCAGACAAGAAUCGCAAGCAACAAUAAUAAUUCAGAAGAUCCGUUUAUGAAUUUUGCGCCUGCAAAUGUUCAAAGCAACAAUAACGCUAUGCAGCCAAAUAAACCAAUGCGAAUGAUGAGUAAUGAUCAGUUUCCGCCGUUUCCUCCGAACGCGUUGAUGAAUGCGUCCUUCCAGAAUGUCCCGAAACAGCAGAAUAAAAACAACAAUAUCCAGAUGAAUGGCAACCAGAGGCAAAAUCUUAACGGCGCAAAUUUUGCUAACAGUGUAAGUUUAUUUGCCAAUAACGAGAACUCUCGAAGAAUGAACGAAGGAUCGGUGAGUUCGUUUCAAGGUAAAAAUGAUUCACACGCUCCUCCAGGUUUCGACUCCUUCUUUCCCGCUUUCUUGAAUAACCCUCCCCCUCCCAGUCAGCCGGUUGGUGACUCCAGAAUUACAAGUGAUAGAUUUCCGCAGUUUAUGAAUCAAUCAUUAUCUCGGCAGAAUUCUAUGAAUCAAGACAUGAACCAAAGGAGUUUUAUCGCGAAUCCAGGGAAACUGGUUCGAAACGACAGUUUUCCAGGAAACUCUGGAGGAAACUUCCAACGCCAGGGUUCAAAUCCAACCUCCUUGCCGAGCUUCGAUCCAAUUUGGUCGAAUAGCCCUAUAUUUGCAGGACUAAACGGUAUAAAUAAUAAGAACCCCCCUGACCUGAUGUCGUUAGAUACUCAGAAACCCUUAACCACCAACAGUAACAUGGGAAUGCAGCAACACAUGAUGAUGAAUAAACAGAAUUCCGGGUCUAGUAUUGCGCAAUCGCUUUUCGAGUCGGCAAACUUGCAGAACAGCCCAAGUACAGUCCAAAGAAAGAAUUCGGACAGCGAUGGAAAUAAUCUGCUGGCUGGACUGUUCGGAAAUAUGAACACAUUUGACAGAAAUGCAGCGAAUGUUCCGGGUCCUAGUUUCAACGAUUUCAUGCGUUCGCAGGCGCGUCAGCAGCCCAACAUGCAAAAUCAACAUGCGUUUAUGAAUUCGCGCUUCGAAUCAAAUGGCUAACAUCAAAAAUUAGGACUUCUUGGAUGUGAGAAAGUUGGAGCUGAUGUUUUGGAGACGUUAGAAAGGUUUAGUCAGAGGAUUCGUGAACCAUCAUAGUAUCAGUGGAUGGAAGAUUUGUUCCCGAGCGUGGUUCUUGUAAUAAUGGAACGAGUCUGUUGAAAUACAGUUCAAUCAGCAUUCGACUAAACCAUUCCUGUGAUACUUUAUUAUGAUUGAAGCUGUCUAAGAUCCAAAGCGAUCCAAGACUCGAUGCAGUUUAAGAUCUGAAACAUAGGCAAUGAAACGGUUGUAUAA